AUGAAGGGUGUUAAACAGACAGAUCACUUUGGAUUUAUUUGUCGGGAUGUGGUGGAGUCUGGCCCAGCCCUGUAUGUGUGCUACGUGUUCCAGUGCGCUAGUGAGUCUCUGGUGGAUGAAGUAAUGCUCACCUUGAAACAAGCCUUUACCACAGCAGCAGCUCUUCAGAGCUCCAAGAACCAAAUCAAACUGUGCGAAGCUUGUCCAAUGCAUGACUUGCACAAACUCUGUGAGAGAAUAGAAGGUUUGUAUCCUCCCAGGGCGAAACUAGCCAUUCAGAAGUACCUGUCCCAACUGAGCGACAACGAGCAGGUCAAUAUAUUCGAGCGGGUGCAGAAAAUGAAGCCAGCAUCUGAUCAUGAAGAAAACGAGCUUGUGAUUCUUCACCUCCGACAGCUGUGCGAGACCAAGCAGAAGUCUCAUGUUCAUAUUGGAGAGGCCCCACAGCAGAAUGCUUCUGGCAGCACCGUGACCUCUGAUAACUCCAUUGCGGGCCGCAUUAAACUGGACGUGUUCAAGAACAAAACCCGGAGUUCUCUGACAAGCUCCCUGGAGAACAUCUUCUCAAGGGGCGCCAACCGUAUGCGAAUGCGUCUCGGCAGCAUGGGAAGUUUUGACCACGGCGACUCCCCUGGUGACUCCCCACCUGGGACUCCACCCAGUUACACUGAGGAGGACCCAGAUGCCCCGCAGUUCCGUCGCCGGGCGCACACCUUCAGCCACCCGCCCAUCAAGAAGAAAAUCUCCUUCACUGAGGUUUCCUCCCAGGCCUGUAAAGCUCCGCUGCGCCGACAGCAGUCUUUGGCCCCAGAGCUGCUGCAGAACAGCACCGUUGGUUACACGAGAGUGCGCAGUGUCUCUGAGAGCGAGUCCUACUUCAGUCUCUCAUCCUCCUUCCACACCCCCACUUUCCUGAAAACCUUUUACCAGGGCUCCCUCGGCUCACUGGCCUCCCUGUCGGACAGCGGGAGUCUUAAGAGUGGUAAUGGAGAGGGCAGGAAGAGGUCUCUGUCAGGCUGUAGCACCGAUUCUUUGACCUUGGUGCCUCCACGCAGAGUUUCUUGGCGCCAGAAGAUUUUCCUAAGGGUGGCGUCACCCAUGAACAAACCCUCUGCUUCUAUGCAACACGUGGACCACAUGGAUGGCCGGGAGCUGCUGCCACUUUCUCCUCGGGCUCCUCAGGUCAGCCCCCUGUCCCCAGAGCAGGGCAGUCCAGCUGACUACAGGGCCCUGUGGAAGAAAGCCAUCCACCAACAGAUUUUGCUCAUCCGCAUGGAGAAAGAGAACCAGCGCCUGGAGGAAGCCAGCCGUGAUGAAUUGCACAUUCGUAAAAUGAAGCUGGACUACCAGGAAGUGUGUCAGUGCUCAAAAGAGGUGCCGGCCCUUUGGGACAGGAAGUUGAGUAGUCCCUGCCGCACUAAAGUACAGUGGGACAAAGAAGAGAUCCACAGUGCUGUAUGCCAAGGUGUCCCCAAAAGUCGGCGAGGUGAAGUGUGGCUCCUGCUCUCUCAACAGUAUCGUUUGCGUCACCGUCUGCCGCAGCGGCAGCAGCCCCCUGAAACCCCUUAUCAGGAUCUCCUCAAACAGCUCACAGCACAGCAACACGCCAUCCUGGUGGACCUCGGCCGGACAUUCCCAACACACCAGUAUUUCAGCACUCAGCUGGGAGCUGGACAGCUAUCUCUGUACAAUCUCCUGAAGGCCUACUCCCUGCUGGACACGGAGGUGGGCUACUGCCAGGGGAUUAGUUUUGUGGCCGGUUUGCUGCUUCUGCACAUGAGCGAGGAACAGGCUUUCGACACUCUCAAGUUUCUCAUGUAUGACCUGGGCAUUCGCCGACAGUACCGUCCCGACAUGAUCUCUCUGCAGAUCCAGAUGUACCAGCUGUCACGACUGUUGCACGACUAUCACCGUAACCUGUACACUCACCUGGAGGAGCACGAGAUCUGUCCCAGCCUGUACGCCGCACCCUGGUUUCUCACUCUCUUCGCCUCUCAGUUCCCACUCGGCUUUGUUGCCCGUAUAUUUGACCUCCUGUUUGUUCAAGGCACGGAGGUGAUUUUUAAGGUGGCCCUGUGUUUGCUGAGCAGCCACGGGGGAGAGAUACUGGAGUGUGACGGCUUUGAAAGUAUUGUGGACUACCUUAAAUCCACCAUCCCCACCCUCACUCAUAGCCAAAUGGAAGAGACGAUCACUAAGGCAAUCGAGAUGGACAUCUCCAAGCAGCUGCAUGCGUAUGAAGUGGAAUACCACGUCCUGCAGGAUGAGCUGUCUGACGCUCCUCCACCAUCAGAGGACUCCGAUAGACUAGAUAAACUGGAGAAAGCUAAUGCCCAGCUCAAGAAACAGAACAUGGACUUACUAGAGAAACUGCAGGUAGAUGUAUAA